AUGCAGAACGAACUUCGUGCAGCAGAAACUAUCAUCUUGAAACUCGUUCAAUGGGAGUCGUAUGCGGAUGAGAGAAGUAUUCUUGAACGAAAUGAAGAAAAGCCGAUUAACGAAAGAAAGCCGUUGGACAAAAGCAGUGGGAUUUACGAAUUAGUUCCAAUAAUCGACGAGAAUGGAUUGUUACGCCAGUAUGGGAGAAUUGGGGCUGCGAGAGACAUCAGUUAUGACAUGCGCCAUCCAGUGAUUUUGCCCAAAGAUCACUGGGUAACUAGACUGAUAGUUGAGAAGUACCACCGCAAAUAUCGACAUGCUAACCCGGAAACUGUCGUGAAUGAGAUACGUCAAGUCUACAGCUCGUCCGAAUAUUCCGCCUAUGGCUCCAUUACCACCAGCGCGUCUAGCCGUGCGCGUUCGCCCGUUCAGUUACGUGGGAGUGGACUACUUUGGGCCUCUGCUAGUGAAAGUCGGAAGAGCCAGCGUCAAAAGGUGGAUCGCGUUGUUUACGUGCCUUACAGUACGUCGGUACACUUGGAGGUAGCGUACAGUCUGUCAACAUCUUCAUGUGUUUCGUGUGUGCGGCGCUUCGUAGGGCGACGUGGUUCGCCAGUGGAGUUCAUCAGCGAUAAUGGGACCAACUUCCAAGGAGCUGAACGCUUGCUGGGGGAACAAAUAAAGCAGGAACUGCCAGCAACGUUUACAAAUUCAUCGACAAGGUGGACCUUUAUACCGCCCGGUGCCCCACACAUGGGAGGCGCAUGGGAACGGCUUGUGCAGUCCGUCAAGAGAGCCAUGAUGGAUGCGUACGCUGAGGGGAAGUUGGAUGAUGAGGGCUUACAAACGUUGGUCGUGGAAGCGGAAAGCAUUGUGAACUCAAGGCCUCUGACCUACCUGCCUCUGGAUUCUGCUGAGUCAGAGGCGUUGACACCGAACCAUUUUUUGAUGGGAAGCUCGAGUGGCGCCAAUCUACCGGAUACAGCACCGGGUCCACAACAACUGCCUUUGCAAGAUAUGUGGAAUCAAAUACAGCAAAAAUUGGAUCGGUUCUGGUAUCGCUGGAUCGUGGAGUACCUGCCAGUGAUACGAAGACAACCAAAGUGGUUUACCGAGGUCCGACCAAUACAAGUAGGGGACUUGGUGCUGGUAGUCAACGGUAAUGAGCGUAAUUGCUGGAUACGAGGACGGGUAGUUGAAACGUUUGUCGGGACCGAUGGCCGAGUUCGGCAAGCCAAGGUACAAACUACAGGAAGCAUUCUUAGACGACCAGUGGCAAAGCUAGCGUUGUUGGAGGUGAAGUGCAGUCUUGGUGGAUCGCAAGAUGCACCCGGGGGAGGAUGUUGCCGCAGUAGCAAUGGAGUUGGCAACACUGGCAAACAAUUAACGUGUCAAGAUAACAUCGAAAGCUGCGGUGUAGCUACAAAUGUCACGCAGAAUAAAAAAAAACAAUAG